AUGAAGAUGAGCAUGGACGACGAUACUAUGGUUGGCGAUGCUACUACAGCAGAUGACGUACAGCUUACCACAGCUGAGCAUGUGGAGAGACUCUUACAGUAUAUAGCUACGUCUGGGGAUAAGUUAUCUGAGGGCCAACAGUUUUCACAAG